AUGGCAUAUCCAAUAAGCACUUCUUCGGAUAUCCCGGCAUUGGCAGUCUCUGCUUUCCAAUCCAGCAGUUCACUCUACCAGGUCGUUACAAGUCUUGUAGACAAUGAGACUGUGCGCGAGCUUAAGGAAGAGCUCGAAGACUUAAAUACAGUCUUAGAAGUACUGCAGAAAUUGGCUAUCGAUACAGGCAACGACCUUCUAAUGCUACGACUUCCUCUCCUCCGGUGCGGCAAUGCCUGCAAGGAAUUUGAAGCAGUCAUUGUUAGAUGCAUGCCACGGCCCGGUGAAUUUAAAAUUAGGGAUUGGAUCAAGCUACGAUAUACGGAAAACGAUAUGAGGGCAUUCAAAAAUCAACUGGCAAGAUUCAAGUCUACUAUUAUGAUUGCAGUUGGCAGUGUAAAUAUGCGCACAUCAGCUGUCACCCAAAAAGCUGUCGCUGAAUGGAGAAAUAAGAUCACCAAUACGACUGUCGAAUUAGAAAAACAUCUCCAAGAGCUUGAUGACAAGCUGCACGCCCUUCCUUCACAAGACUUGGCAGUCUCCGAUAAAACCAUAGCGGAGAUACAGAACGAGAGAGACAGUACCCAACAGUGCAUCAGUUUCUGUGCAGAG